AUGACGAAUGAGUACGAAACUCCACUGGAAGAAAACAAUCGGUCUAAGGUUGAAAAUCACCAUGUUGGUAACGAUUCUAUGAUGGUUUUUACUGAUGAAGGAACCUUGUUCGUGGUUGGCUAUAUGCAAGAACAAAUGGUUAAUCGAAUAUUGAUUGAUGAGGGAUCAACGGUCAAAAUCUUGCCUCUCCGAACGCUUAAAGAUUUAGGAAUGUCUACUGAAGAACUUGGUAACAGUCUAUUGAUGAUUCAAGGCUUUAAUCAAGGUGGGGAAAGAGCUCUCGGCAUCAUAAGACCGUGCUUGGUGAUGAUAAACCUCGACGACGCCGAGCGCGCAGCGCUCGACAAACCCCUCGCCUUCUCAUCCCUACUCUCCCUGCAGAACACCAUCCUCGAGUACCGCCAGAGGCUCGCCGACCAGCUGGCCGAGUCGACCUGCCAGGCCUCCACCACCGGUCCCGAGCUUCGGUCUGCGGCCGAGACGCUGACGGGUCUGGUUGAGAGGGUGGUGAUUGCGGGGCCCGCGGCGUCGGGGUGCCUGAGGGCGGUGGCGGAGUGCGUGCACGUCUGUCUUGGACACUGCGCGCUGUUGGAGUAUCGUGGGCUGGCGCUAUGCCCGACGCUGCUGAGGGUGUUCAGGCCGUUUAUGGAUCAAGCGCUGGCUGCAGGGCUCAAGAAGAUCGAUAUGUGCACGGCUGCUGUUGCCGUGCUGGACGACUGGGUGUUGAGCUUCCCGGCGGUGGGAAGCGUUGUGGCGACGCAGCAUAAGCUGUCUAGCAGUGCUCAUCGGUUCACUUCGAUGGUUCAGGAGCUCUGUGAAGACAUCGGCUCCCUAGACAUCAUGCAGCUAUCCGAGCAUGCCCUUGAGGGUGUCCUCCAAUCGUUCGGCUCUUACGUCAGCACCAUGAUCAACGCAUUCUCAGCCUCGUUUGAGAUCGAGAAUCUAGAAGGUUCUGGAAGAAAAAUAGUCAAACUUGCUGAGACAGAGACCCAGCAGAUUGCCCUGCUAGCAAACGCUCUAUCCCUGGCAGACGAACUCUUACCACGUGCGGCCAUUAAGCUCUCAUCCUUCGCCAGAAAUGACGAGAAGGGCUUGAAGCAGAGGGAGCUGAAGAGAAGGCUUCAGAGGCUGGUGGAGCAGCUGAGGGACAGCUUUUGCCGCCAGCAUGCGCUCGACAUCUCAUAUUCACUGAAGAUGGUGGGGUUCGUUUGA